AUUUGUUUCAGGAUUGUGGCCUAUGUUGUAGCAACUUGCGCUAUGAUCGUCCCAAAUCUCUCAAACUACACAGGACUGGCUGGUGAGUAUGUGGAUGGGAGACCUCCACGGAACAUUUAGGUCUUGUAAAAAGAGGUUGGUGUUUUGAUAGAGGACACUCUUCCUUUGAAAACUACUGAAUCAGUAUCCCAGCCUGCCACAAGGGAGAUCAGUGCUGCCAUUGCUGUUGUCUUCCAGAUGAGCUGCAGAACUGGGGACCUGACCUUUAACCUCAGUAUGCUGGCUAAAUUCCAAUUCAAGUAGCUUGGGUUCUGCCACCCAAAACUCAACUUGUGGUUUCAAUUCAAUAUAGUAUUUUCUUCACACUGACUUCUAAAAUAGCAAUACAUCUUCAGUUCACUGUAAACUCAGCUUGUACAGUGAGUAUCUUAUUAAAAUGAGUUAGAAAAGUUUGCCUACACUCUGACAACUAGUCAGUAAAAGUAAUACACCCUGCUAUUAGAUUUGUUUAGGGUUAAGCUCUCAGGGUAUGAGAACUAUGAAAAAAUAAAUGUUGUGUGGGAAAAUACGUUUUUAUCUAUAUCAGGUCUACAGUAAUAUAAACAUCAUGUCCAUUUACAAGUUGAUUAUAAAAUUCUGACCUCUGGUGCCUGCCUUUUCAUAAACACCUUGGAUGUAUGUUGUUUGAUUAGCUCCUUUAUAUUUAUCUUCCAGUUAUUGCUGAACAGAAUACGUAACAAAUUAGUUAAUUCUUCAUUAGUAUAGCACAGGACUGUUGCUGCAGACUGGGAAAACUGACAAAGAAUAAUUGUUCUGAAAAUCAUGGGUCACAUUCACAUCUAGUGUAAGUAAAUGCAACUAGAUCGAGUGAAUUCCGUUCAGCUGUUUGCAGAAUGGUUGCGUACUCUGUCUGCAACACAAGCAAAAUUUUAUGAUCACGUGCAUCUUAUACCGCAUCCAUCAUUUACUAACUUAUGUGACAACAGAGUCUAUCUAGAUUAGCACUUGUGGGCAGGGUUGAGUUUUAUAAGUUAGUUUAAAAUGAGACAUCUGAGAAUCUAAGGCUCAUGUAAGGAUGGCUCACAAGUACCACCUGAGUGGAGGUGGCUGGGUCCAUAGGACAAGAAGUAUAAUUGUCUCUGGGGACUCUGCAGGGAGCUCUUUGACUCUUGCUAUGUUUCUUUCAGAAAAUAUAUUACUCAUUCUCCUCCCAGUGUUGGCUUCUGAGCACUUGCAGGGGUGGUGCCAUGCCUAUGCUCCCUCAACCCAUCCUGCCAUACCUCAUCUGAGAUACUCAGUGCUUGUGAGCCCCCUUCCUGCAUGAGGACUGCUGAUUGCAGCAUUAUGUCUGCCUCACUGCAUGGGAACACAGUGGGAAGAGUCCGCCUGUACUUUCUUCCUCCCUCAGCACACCCACACUGAAACAGGCAUAAUUAGACUGUCUCAGAGAUUGGUAUUGCUACAGCAGAUGGAGAAUCAUCUAGGAGACAAAAAGACUGAAAAGACAUUGCAAACACAAGCAGCUGAUGCAGCUUAUAAAAGAAAUGCAGCACUUUUAAAUGAUAUAGAAGCAGCAGAAAAGAGGCUGCAAGCAAGAAUACAUCUACAGCCACAUCCUGAUAUUGUUAACCUUGAAACUCUCUAUUGGGCAUCAGUAGAAGAAUCUAUUCCUAAGUGGGAGCAGUUUCUUUUAGGAAGAGCACAAACACCUGUUGGUUUUAAGAAAAAGAAAUCUACAAAGUAUAACAUAAGUCACCCAGAAGGAGCGGCACAAAGAUAAAGAGAAAACAAAACAGAGACUACCAUUUGACUUCAGUGGGCAAAAUAAUCCUGUCCAGACAACAGUGUGUCAGGCCACUAAAUUUCAAUUUCAAUGUAUGUAUAUGAAAACGAAUAAUGUUGGAUGGGUUUUUUCCAGUUGUAUCCGUGUUGAAGAGUUCCGCUAAACUGUAGUCUGCCAGCUCAAGGAGGCUCAGAAUAACAUUUCUCCUGGUGGGAGGAAUAAUCCUUUUUGAAAAUGACUUUAUAAGAUCAGAAAUUAAAGACACUGGUAUGUGGAAGCCCACCAGUACAUUUGCCUCUUUAAGAUGACAAGAGUUUUAGGUUACGUAUAAUCCUUCACUUUUGUAUUUUUAAGUAUGUUGUAUGUGAAUCUACCUUUAUUUUCUUGAACCUCCUUGGCCACCGGGGGCAUUUACUCUGGGAAGGGCAGGCAAUUUACACCAGGCUGUGGGGGAAGCUUUGGUUUAUGGCUGGGAUCCUCUAUUAUGAGCGCAGUGGUAAAGGGCACAUAUUUAGUUUGUAUGUCCCCUGUUUUCCUGAUCAUGUCAGUGACACUGAUUUUUUGGAGGGGCAGGGAAGGGGCUGUGUUGGUCUCACCCAUAAGCAAUUGCAAUUUCUGUUCCAUUAACCACUGCUGCACCCUCUUCCCCUGGCUGACUUCCCAUAGUAGGUUCUGUGCCUGGUUUGCGAAAGCAGAAGCCAAUGUGAAUUUGGGUUGAAUCCAGCCAUGAAGUUCAUUUUACAGACAUUGAAGUAACAAACAUUAGUAUUAUAUUUUGGCAAUGUUUCCUUUGUAGUUUUAAGUCAUUGCUUUGUGUCACUUUCAUUUUGUUAAUGUAAGCCAGAGACAUAAUUUAUGGAUAAGGCCAUGGGAGGUGGGGAAGAACCAGAUAGAAAGCCAACCCAGGUGAGUGCCCAAAGAUUACAGAUACUGGAAUAAGAAGGUGAGGAGCUUGCUUUCUAUCUCAGAUCAAGGACAGUUUCUCAGCCUCUGGCUACAAACAUGGAAGGCCAGACAGUGUUUUUUUGCUUGCACAUUGUUAACUAUUUGUAGUCUCUAAGUGCCCAGGAGCCUUUGUCAUGGACCAGGACCCCAUUGUGCUAGGUGCUGUACAAACAGAACAAAAAGACAGUCCCUGCCCCAGAUAGUUUACAGUCUGAGGCCAACCCCUUGGUAAAUUACUGUGCCAGGGAGCCACUGUCCAUUGCUUUCUAGUGUUUGCAUAUAUUGAAGACCCAAUUUAGAAAUCCUUUCAAGUAAAUGACUUAGAGGUCUUUGUGCUUUUUCACUCUUCCAUAGCAAGGAAGGAUGGUGGACUUUGGGAGUGGGGGUUUCCUCCAGAAUUGGGACUCAAGUCAAGAAGAUCAAUAGAAACCAAUUUCAAUAAAGGGUGAUUACUACUUCCCUAGUGCAAGAAGAAUUCAUGUACAUGGUUAUAUGAAAUGGGGCUAUGCAAACCACUCCAGUCAGCUAUAGGCUAACCAAAUUAAUUACUAGGAACUAUUAGGAAUGAUGAGCCCUCACCCCCUUAUUUUCUGUUAGGGGUUUGUCAUCUGUCUGUGUCUGGUGGUAACCUUGUCCCUAUAUCUGAUUUUUGUGUUAUGGGUGGAUGAUCUAACAGCACCUUUCUUCUACUCCCUGACCAACCUGUACACAAGUAUCACAGCUCUUUACACCGCUCCAUAAGGAAGGUUCACCUUCCGAAUUGUGCACCUAGAGCAUUACAAGAAUUUAAUUAAUCAAAUAGGAUUUAAUUAUCCAGUGCUGACUGGCUAUUAGUGAGGAAUUCAUUGCCCCUCAGAAUAGGGAGCAGCCUCUCCAGCUGGAGACCACAGGAAGUCUGAACAGUUUGCAAGGGCCAACACCUGCAGAAGCUAUUUUCUGCUAGAUCGGGCCCUUAGUUUGCUGAAUUUAAAUCACUCAAAGAUUCACACAAAAAAAAAAAAUCCUCCCCAGCUGCACUUUAAAAUGAUUUUACAUGUUCAAAGUUUAUAUGAAACUUUUUCUAUGUAUGUGUCCAUUAAACUGAUAAGUUUUUACAGAAACUGCCAUGUUAGAAAUAUCCUGUUGAGUGGGUGUUGGUGUUUGUAACAAUAACGUUGUUUUCAUAAUAUGUGAUGGCAGAUUAGCACGCUUCUCUGCAGUGUUGUUAACAGUUGUAAUUAAGGAAUAAACAGUAAAGGGUGUCAGUCCGAUGA